CCCGUUUCUUUUAUUCAGUCCUCGUUCUUUCGUCUUCUUUCUCUCAAGUCUCACCAGUUAUUAUCUCGAUUCUCAAUCUUCCGGUCACCGACUAAUAUCUGAGAAAUAACGUAUGGGAUCGAGAGGAAUUAUCACCGAUAAGUGGUCAAUGAGGAUUCUAUGGGGUUGUGCAAUCGGCAGUGCCAUUGGUUUAUACAUGGUUGCUGUAGAAAGACAAACUCAGAACAGGGCUCGUGCUAUGGCUGAAGGUUUGAGAGCUGCAGAAUCACAAGGUGAUGGUGAUAGUGUCUAAAUCUAUCUACUUAAGUAGUGCUCACUUGAGUGUUUUUUUGUUAUAAUGACUUCUUCUUCUUCAAAGAUUGUGUUGAUGUAGUUUCUGGUUUGCAAAUAAUCGUAAUAAGGUGAAGUUGCUAAAACAUACAAUUUGUGUUGUUGUGGAAAAAAAGGUUAUUUCUUUCACACUGUCAUGCUAUGUUUGUGAAUCGAUUUUUUAAUUGCGGAUUUUCAGCAAGGCAUCUUGCGUUUACUGGGAUGUGUAUUCUCUUACGUAAAAGUAUCCCCUCCUAUAUAUAAAGCAUUAGGGAUCAUUUAUCCGAAAUGUACAGCAAGAUCAACUUAUUACAUUAGAAGUAAUAAUGGCACAGGGACGCCAAGGCAAAUGCUUUGGGUUCGUCCUCUUACUAUGCUUUUUCAGUUCAACUUUCGCACGCAGGAUUCUCAAGGAUCUCCCUAUGAUGGAGCCAAGCAAGCUAGAUCUACACUAUGUAAUGAAGCCUGUGAUGGAUGUGCUACACCCAGACCAUGAGGUACAACCUGACCACAAAGUCAAGCCUGAUCAGAUAAUGCAGACCAUGGCGAGUGAACUAGGUGACCCACCGGAUUAUCAUGAUCCUGACCACGUAGUUAAGCCUAAUCAGAUAAUGCAGACCAUGACGAGUGAACCAGGUUACCCACCGGAACCUGACCACGUAGUUAAGCCUAAUCAGAUAAUGCAGACCAUGGCGAGUGAACCGGACCACGUAGUUAAGCCAACCAUGGCGAGUGAACCAGACGAACCUGACCACGUAGUUAAGCCUAAGCAGAUAAUGCAGACCAUGGCGAGUGAACCGGACGAACCUGACCACGUAGUUAAGCCUAUGGGGUAUGGUGUAGGUAGGGGAUAUGGAAGUGGUGGCUCUGGUGUUGGCUAUGGUGUUGGUUAUGGCAGUGGAGGCAGUGGCUUUGGGGAAGGAAUUGGCUCUAGUGGAGGCAGUGGCUUUGGAGAAGGAAUAGGGUCUGGUGGUGGUUCAGGUAUUGGCAUUGGAGAAGGAAUAGGGUCUGGGUCUGGCCAACCCAAUUGUGGUCCUGUAACGGGAGCUCCAGGUGAAGGGAUUGGUAUCGGUAUUGGACAGGGCUCUAGUGGUGCACCCGGUGUAGUUGUCCCCAGCACAACAAUCCCUCCCAUAGUGGUUCCAGGCGCACAGAUUCCCGGCUUUGUGAUUCCAGGAGUAACAGUUCCUGGUUACGGUGUUCCUGGUUACGGUGUUCCUGGCUGCCAAACCGGUGGCUGCAAGCCAAACCCACCACACUACUAUAACCCACCAAACUGUCCUCAUUGUCCACCUUUCACUUCAGGUCAAGACAAGCACAUGUCAGACAAAGGAACCAUGACAGAAGCUCUUGCUCCCGCUUCAUCGGAGAUGCAUGCCUAAGCGUCAAGUGUCCCAUGAAACCCAGUCUAAUAAAUCACUCAUAAUGAAAUCUGUUUUGGUUUGAUAAAAUCUUCCUUCACAUAAAGUUGAAUAAGACAAUUUUACUGCCCCCAAGUAAACUUAAAUAAGGGAAAACUAUUUAAGAUCAAGUUAGUCAAGAGACAAUAUUGAUUGAGAAUUAGCCAACUGAUACUUGUAUUUCCUUCCAUUGGCUGUAGCCAUCAACGAGUUUUAAAUUUAAUAAAAAGGCCCACAAAUCCGGUUAAAGCUUU